UUUUCAGAUUGGUUGUACACAUUCUCUGAAAUGCUAUGUUUACAUAUGUUUUAAUCCUAAAGCAAGACAAUGUCAUCAUUCAGUACAAGAAGCAGUCUUGAAAGAUCAACAUGGCCGAAUAAAUUGGAAUACCAGCUGAGUUUAUUCUGUUACGUGUUGGGACUUAGUAGUUUUUGGAGAUUUCCCUACCUAGCUUAUGAAAAUGGUGGAGCACCAUUUGUAUACGCUUUUUUACUCUUGUACAUUCUUGUUGGCAUUCCUCUGGUGUUUCUUGAAAUGGCAUGGGGACAAUACAGCAAUCUUGCACCACUACAAGCUUUCAGAACCGUCCCAGUCAUGCAAGGUAUUGGAGUUUGCAUGCUGUUUUUAUCAUGUGCAGUGCUCUUAUACUUCGGUGUGGUGUCUUAUUACAUCCUGGUGUAUCUUGCAUCAUGUUUUUCCAACCCCAUACCAUGGACAACAUGUGAUCACUCAUGGAAUACAAGGAAGUGUCAAGAAAUCUUAAAUCCGAACUGCGCCUCACAAGGCCAUCUUACUUACAGACAAGGAGAGGGAUAUGGAAUUGUUGAAAAUGGUGAAUUUAUCAGGAAAAGUGUUUGUAAUUACACUGCCGAUGGAACGCACACCUCGCCUGCUGUAGAAUAUUGGACCAAGAACUUAGUGAACAACGAUGCAGUGUGCAACAAUCUACCCGACAUUGAUCGAAUUCUGUUUGGAUCUACAGCGCAAGUCCUUGCACCUCCAAUUAUCAUCAUUUCUGUCUUUCUUGGAAUCCGGUUUCUCUCCGGUGUGAUAGCGAUGGCAAAACAUGUUCAGUUCACUGGCAAGGUGGCUUAUCUAUUGAGCACGAUACCUUUUGCGGUCUCUGUCAUGUUACUGGUUCGUUGUGUAACUUUGGAUGGAGCAGUGAAUGGAAUCAUUUAUCUUUUUGUACCGAGUGAUCCGAUGGCUUUCAUUUCACCCAAACUUUGGAAAGACGCCGUUGGUCAAGUAUUCAUAACACUUUUAACUUCAUGGGGUGGUCUCAUAACAUGGUCGUCAUACAACAGAUUCUACAACAAAUAUUAUGUGGAUGCAUCUCUGCUUAUCGGAGUGGCGCCAAUUCUUUCAAUUUUAUCAACGAUUUCUGUAUUUGGGGUAGUUGGUCACCUGGGGACCAUGACACUACGUCCCGAUUUAUCCAAAGUGCUUUCAAAUGUCAGCGGACCUAUGGUUCCUUUGGUUAUGUAUUCGGAAGCAUUAUCACAAAUGUGGGGGGAUGAUCUUCCAUGGAGUCUCGUCGUAUUCAUAUCAAUGUUUUUAUCAUCGGCUACUGCAAUGUUUCCAUGUUUGGAAUGCAUCCUCUCUUGUAUUUCGGAUUCUGUGAAAAUCUUCCGUAAACUGAUCCUUCGCAUCAUCACCACCAUCUUCCUCUUGCUCAUCUCGUUUGGAAUUUACUACGGACUACCUUGUCUCUUACAAUGGACAGGAUUGCAGAUGAUUGAAUUCUUCGACACAUUUUCCCUUCCAUUCUGCUUCAUCAUUAUAGCUCUUGCGGAACUUUUGCUUCUCUCAUAUUCAUUUGGAUUCAAACUUCUUGGCACGAACACAAAAGCAAUGACGCGAAACGCUUGUCUUAAAAGUCAUUUCUGGUCAGUCAUGUGGGGAGGUGUCAGCCCACUUGUUUUACUGGGUUGUUUAGUAUAUUCGAUAGUUGGCAUUAUACGUGAUGGCGUAGGUAGCAUGGGACCUCGAUUAUAUCUUCCACACAAUGCAACAAAUGGAUGGACGUUGGUGGCCGGAAGUGUGAUGGUUGGUUUUGUGUUCCUUGUGCUCAUACUGGUAGCCAUCAUCCGUGUUUUGCAAUCUGGUGGACCAUGUAUUGGGCGAUUGCGUAAUUCGUUCACCCCACACAUGGGUACUUCACCCAGCAACGGGGGUGGUGACAUCUCGCAUGGCAACGGGGAACUUUUCCUCAGUGAUUACACAAGUCACAGGGAGAGAGGGGGGAUUGAAAUUCUCAUUGAUGAAGAUAUCGUGACAAGUGUUUAACAAUACACCCUCUGUGAUGUCAUAAUACCGCUGAAAUUCGAACGCUUUUGGCUUUGCGGUGUUCGCCAAAAAGACAUUUUCAAAGACGUAACAUUUGACUAAUACCUACCAGCUAAAACACAAAUCCAUUAUAAUCUCAAUUGGGCAAGCCUCGUGAUUAAAUCGUGCGCCUAUUGGCUGCUUGCCAUCAUGCGAAUGACGCUAACCAAUCAUCACUUACCAUGCAGUAUGGUACAGUAACUAAAUUAUUGUGAACAACACAACUACGCUGAUGUGCAAGAAACCAGACCAAUCAUCUCCAUACUUCUUGCGUGUCCACACUUUUCAACUCUUGCCAAAAAUUAACUCAUAUUUCCCACCAGAUUAAACUCGCCUUUCACCAAAGACGGUUAGAAACUUUUUAUAUUUUAUUUUUCUCCCACUUUUCUGUAUUCCCUGCCCAUACCUUGGAUGUUGCAACCAUAUUUUAUCGCAUUGCGUUUGCCUUCAUUUCCUCUUGCAGCAAACGCCACAUAAGCAAGUAUUUAAAACUCGCCUAUAUUGUAACUGUAUUUUAACAUGCCAUUUUUUACCACUUUGCGCCUGAAACUGAGCUAAAAUGAGCAAAACAUAAGCCCAAAUUUACAAUUACAAAUUCUGUGUACAUUUACCAUCCCAAACACGACAAUUGAUUUUCUACUUACUGUACAUAUCACACGAUCAAGCAAUUCUAAGCGUUAUGUCGUUUUUAUAUCCCAAUCUUGCGGUGCUAUAGCUUUGGUACGUUGUUUCCGUACACACGUUUUAAGUUUUACCUAUGUAUAUACAUAUAUUACAGCUUACACAAUAUUACAAGAAACGAGCGUUUGUGGGUCAAACUCAUUACGUACAUAAUUUGAACCAUAUAUUCCGCAGUAUAUUGCGUAUUAUUCCAUAUACAAUUUUCGUUUGUUUCUUUGUGACCUGGUUAUUUUUUUUAGUUUUACCAAAACGAACUAACUUCAUAUUCGAAUAAUUCUCGUUCUUUUAUGUUUCCGAAGAACAGCUGCCUGCAAUUUCUCCUGAACUGCUUCUAACCAAAAAUAAAAAUUGUAAAGAACAA